AUGAAUCUAACUGCUAUUGGAGUCGAUUUUGGUUUAGCCACAGCAAUGGACACGAUGUGCUCUCAAGCGUAUGGUGCUGGGAAUCCGAAAAGCUUGGCAUCUAUCUCCAGACGUGCAUUCGGUGUUAGUGAACGUGUCUACGCUUGCUUUGAACUUUUUCUUCGGGAUCUCUGUGGCAGCCAACGUCCUUUGAUCGCUGUCAUCAUGAUUGCUACACGGUAUCUCAUUCCGAAGCUUUUUGUAUCAACGAUGCAGUAUGUGUUGGAAUGGCUGAACCCGCACAAUGAUAUGCACUCGUUCACAACUGUAACAGCUUCAAGUGAACGGCUCAUUCGGCUGAUCAAAGAUAUCAAACACAAUACUAUUGAAGGGCUGAACGACUGGGAAAACCAAACGAUGUUUUGA